AUGUCUUUAGCGAACUUAUUGCCACCAAUGACCAAAUCCUGGGCCGACGAAGCCAACGACGAAUUGGAAGAGCAUUGCAUCAAUGCUCCACCUACUAGUAACUUUGUUGAUACAUCUAAAUUCGAUAGUGACGCAGUCAUGGGAGAACCAUCUGAUUUCAGAGACUAUGAGACUCUUGAUUUCUCUGACGACGAAUAUACCAUCGACUCUUACGACUAUGCAUUGAAAUUCGAGACAUUGUCGAAUGAAGACAGCGCUGCUGUAAUCACCGUUCCUGAAGAGACCAUUUCUCCCAAGAACACAAAGCUAGGCACAAACAUGACAUCCAGAAUUCCUAAAGCAGUACCCUAUUCUGCCCAGUCCUCAUAUGAUGCAUUUCUCAACUCCAUUCCUGAAAUCGAAGAAUCCAAGGAUCAAGAUGAUCAUCAAACUACAGCAGUCACCGAGCUUACUCUUGAUAACUGGCAGGGCGAUACCCCGGUUGUAGUGGACGAUUGUGAUUUGGGAAUCGAGUCGGCUCAAAGCAUCCCUGCAUUUGGUGGCUUCGACGCUUGGGAUAGUGAUUCAACCUACAGUUAUCAUUCUGAGCUCGAGGAGGUUGAAGAAGAUGUUCGAAUUGAUCACCCGCUAAUGGGAAAAGACGUGGUUUGCAUCCAAGUGUCCUUCACGGCAGUAAAGGAUAGUGACUAUGAAGCUCAUCCUACAAGAGUGUUCUAUCGUAGUUCUGAACCAACAACUUGGGGCUGGACUCCAUCAAAUUUAAGACACUGCCAGACAGUUAUUCGUGAGGAAGCAUCUAGAUGCUAUAUCUAG